GGUAUUAUGAUUGCAGUCAGGUCCAUCCGGGGCCGGGAAGGGAAGGAUGUGGGGUGCUGCAGGGGGUCGGGGCUAGGUCCCUUCCCUGUUUCCCCACCGUGAGCGGCGGGGAAGGUGGAGCAGGCCCUGCCCGUGUGCUGCGUCCUCCCCGGGGAGUCUGGGCUGAGAGCCGCGCUUGCAGUUAGAAAAGGGAGGCCAGGCGGUGACUCACUAAGACUAAGGGGGCAAAGAGGAGUCUCUGGGUGCUCAGAGGGAUUAGGGGCUGGAAGAAGGGGCCUCUCCCCGAACAUUAGAGGGGAAAUCGAAGGAAGAGGGUGGAAAGUCUCGAGAGAAACGUUUUGUAGCUUUCUUUGCAAGCCCCGAGAGGAUGUUUAAAAAUUCUGAGCUGCAAAGCGCAGAUCCUUCAGACCUUACCUGCAGGCGCAACCAGCAAGGGGACUUUUCAGGAGAGAACCUGUUGGUAACCCUUGGGGGACGUGGGUCGAAGGGUCUUUGAGAAUCCUUGAGGGAAGGGGGGGCCCUAAAAGCCCCUGUGGGGGAUUUAAAGCCAUGGCCACUCGGCGUUUAACAGACGCGUUCUUGUUGUUGCGGAACAACGCGAUCCAAAGCCGGCAGCUGCUGGCCGAGCAAGUGAGUAGUUACGGCUCCUCCAGCCCUCUGACUUCACGUAGCAUGGCUGCUGCGCUCGCUGAUGACCGCAUGGCACUGGUCUCAGGAAUCAGUUUAGAUCCUGAAGCAGCUAUCUGCGUAACUAAGAGAUUACCUCCGAAGUGGGUUGAUGGCGUGGAAGAGAUUCAGUAUGAGAUUUCCAGGAUAAAACAGAAGAUGAAAGAAUUAGCCAGUCUCCAUGACAAGCAUUUAAACAGACCAACUCUAGACGACAGCAGUGAAGAAGAACAUGCAAUAGAAAUCACCACCCAGGAGAUUACGCAGCUAUUCCACAGGUGUCAGAGGGCGGUCCAGACAUUACACAGCAGAUCCCGAGGCUGCACAGAACAAGAGCAGCGGCUUCUCAAGAACGUCGUUUCUUCCUUGGCCCAGUCCCUUCAGGAUCUGUCUACGAAUUUUAGGCACGGGCAAUCUGACUAUCUCAAACGCAUGAAGAAUCGAGAAGAAAGAUCAAAACAUUUCUUCGACACUUCAGUCCCCCUGAUGGAUGAUGGGGAGAAUAGUACAAUAUAUGAUCGGGGCUUUACAGAUGACCAGUUAGUAUUGGUGGAGCAAAAUACACUGGUGGUGGAAGAGCGGGAGCGAGAAAUCCGGCAAAUUGUACAGUCUAUUUCUGAUCUCAAUGAAAUUUUUAGGGAUUUAGGAUCAAUGAUAGUAGAACAGGGUACUGUUCUGGAUAGGAUCGACUACAAUGUUGAACAAUCAUGUAUGAAAACAGAAGAGGGCUUGAAACAGCUACACAAGGCUGAGCAGUACCAAAAGAAGAAUCGGAAGAUGCUUGUAAUUUUAAUUUUAUUUGUAGUAGUCAUCGUCCUUAUCAUUGUCCUCAUUGGUGUAAAACUGCGCUAGGUAGCACUCCAGUGAUCAUGAUCUCUUUUGUGUGAGUGUAUGGGAGGGGGUGGGAUUUGGGUUUUGGGGGGGUUUUUGUCUCUGCUAUGAAUGAGGUGUGCCUGUCCUCCUGAAAAGCUGUCUAUGAAUGAAUGAAUGUAUAAGCCCUACUGGUUCAAAGACUGUGCAAUGUUAUUGUUAA